CAGGAAGUUUACUGCGCUAAUCAUGUACCCAUCGCUGGACCUCACGACUUACCACCAUCACGUAGCGACGGCUCUCCAGUUGAGAAUGGUACUGGGAAGACAAGCAAUGGUUACAAAAGGGAUGCAGGAUUGGAAGACAUGAAAAUUGCUCAUGCAAUUAAAGCUACUCAAGUCGCUAAGCCAUAUCCAAAGAUUGUGCAUAAAGGAGCUCGAUAUGCUGUGGACUAUGAUGCUCAAACGCGCCUCGAACUUCUCCAUCGACGGGCUGAAGACCAAUUGUACGAUUCAUUUCAAAAUCAACGAACCAAGGAAAAUGAACAAUUUGAGACGGAGACAAGAGAGGAAUGGGAGCGUGCUUUGGCAGAUUUUGCUCGAAAAUAUGAGAAAGGACAAGCGAAUAUCCGCAAUAAGGAUGACCUUAUAAGGCAAUUGACUAUAAAAAGAGAAAAGAAAUUGGAAACAUUGCAUAGUAAGCGAAAGGAGCGAGAACGACAUCAGACAGCUGAAUUGGUUGACCGGCAGGCAAGGGAGAUGCUUGAUUUGUUUAAGCAAGCUCGAUCGGAACAGCAAGCGGCAGACAGUUCCUACAGUAGUUCAGCUUACCCAUCUACUCCACCUCCACCGCAACCACCCUCGUGUAGCAAACGAGAAAUCUACACUAGUACCGAGUACUUCUCGUCGAUCGAUGAGGUGGCUAUACAUUGCGCUCGAAGUGAAAUGACUACGUUUACGGAUUUGAUCCGAGCGUUGACGAGUGGAGCAAGAAGUGAUAUUGAUAUGGCUAGAGCCAUUUAUCGCUGGAUAACUAUCAAAAACUUGAAUACCAUGAUUUUUGACGACUCUAUCGAGCAUGACACCCCUAUGGGACUGUUACGUGGUAUCAAAUAUGGCACGGAGAGCUACCAUGUCCUUUUCAAACGACUGUGCAGCUAUGCCGGUUUACAUUGCGUUGUCAUCAAAGGUUACUCUAAAUCUGCCGGAUACCAGCCAGGCUACUCUUUUGACGAUAAUCGAUUCAGAAAUACAUGGAAUGCUGUGUAUUUGGAUGGUUCAUGGCGAUUUGUACAAUGCAACUGGGGAGCUCGCCAUCUUGUAAAUGCUAAAGACAGCGAUAAUGAAAAUCGCAGUGACGGUAAUUUACGAUAUGAAUACGAUGACCAUUAUUUCAUGACUGAUCCUGAGGUAUUUUGCUUCCUCGAGCCGAGGUGCAGUCGAAAAGAUUGA